UUUGUUCAAAAGUGUUCGCAGUGCCAUACCGUUAAGGCCGGUGCUAAGCAUAAAGUUGGUCCCAACCUUAACGGUUUAUUUGGCAGAAAAAGUGGUCAAGCUGUGGGGUAUUCGUACACAGCAGCCAACAUAGCUAAAGGAGUUACCUGGAAUAAAGAUACUCUGUUUGAGUAUCUGGAAAAUCCAAAGAAAUAUAUCCCAGGGACAAAAAUGGUCUUCGCUGGUCUGAAGAAGCCACAAGAGCGAGAAGAUAUUAUUGCUUAUUUGGAAUCGGCUUGCAAAUAAAUUUAACAGAAUAUAUUCUAUUUCUCAAGGAGGCUAAACCGGAGAAAUAGGAAUAUUAGUACAAUUACCACACAUCUUGUUUCAGCUGUUAAUAAAUCAAGGAUUUUAUCAAACUUUCCUUAUGAAACUUGCAUUGUUUCAGAAUGAAACAUCGAGUGAAAAAUGUUAAUAUUAUUAAUAAGUAGUCCAAAUAAUUGUGAAAAAUGUACAUU